AUGGUUCAUUACGAUUCGCGCGCUCAGUUCCCUGAGGAACCGGGGGAGAAAGAGUCGCCGGUCAAUGUCAGUCGAGCCUCUCGUCAGACGCGGUCCUGCAAGGUCUGUCGGGCCCGCAAGGUCAAGUGUGACCGCGUCAAACCCUGUCAUGCAUGCUGCGCCCAUGGGUACCCGUCGAGAUGUGUCUACGAAUCGAUACCGGAUGAGGACCUCGAGCCCAUUACCCAGGCCGAGGAGAUACGUCAUUUGCGGACGGAGAUCCGUGAGUUAACGGUGCGACUAAAUAAUCGCGAGCACCGCAACCGAGCCCAACGGGGACUUGCUGAGCUCCAGGAGCUCUUCGACACCAUCCGUUCCGCCCCGCUCAAUGUUGUCGAUCACUUUAUCGCGGAUAUUCGUGCCUCUCGUGGGGAAUUAGAGGCUGUCUCGACCAGUCCCUGGGAAGGAAUACAAGGACACGAUGGGGGCCUAGUCCCACGCCUCUCAUGUGAGAACUACGAUGAAAAUAUGGAUGACGAAGGCUAUGUCAGCAAUCGGUCUGGCCACAUGGAUUUCAAUCGGAGUCCAUCCGAGGAGUCUGACGGCUCGUCUGUCAGUUCGAUGAUAUGUAUGAGCUCGACGCGACCAAUGCUCGAUAUCUUUAUCGAGCGAUUCGUCGACGCUUUCAGCCCGGAGGUAGGGGUCAAAUCCGGCCAGGCAGGAGCCUUGCGACGCGCGGCCGAAAUUCGCAUGUUCUCACCUAUUCUCACCGACGCGUUUGAAACUGUGUCAGUGGCUUUCUUCGGUCGGUCUAUUCAAGACAAGGGCAUCGAGGCCUCGGGUUUCCGCACUUAUCCCCGCGUUCUACGAAGCCUUCAGGAAGCCUUACAAGAUCCGGAGCGUAGUAAGGCUGAAUCUACUUUGGUGACAGUCAUUCUUUUGAUGGCCUUUGAGAGUGUUGAGCGUACUACCCAGGGAUCAUUGUCGGCACACGUUCAAGGUGCAGUACGUUUGAUUGAACAUCGAGGCCCUGAAAACCACAUCUACGGUGUUGAACACUUGCUAUUUACGGAGCUUCGUCCAUAUUGGGUUGGAGCUUCACUCGUCGCUCGCCAGCCAUCGUUCCUGGCUCGGGAAGAUUGGAAGACAGUCCCCUGGUCGGCUGGUACGACUAAAAAGGACAUUCUUCAUUACCUCCUAGAUCUGACGGUGGAGAUACCGGCCCUAUUAUCACAGCAUGAUUCGCUCCAAGCCGACCUAGAGUCUGGGGUCAUGAUGAGCGCACACGAAACAGCGGUUAAGCAAACUACGCUGUGGAAUAGCAUUGCGGAUUUGACUUCUCGAUUUCUGCAGUGGAAGAUCACAAUGGUCGAUAAUUACCCUGAUGGUCCGCCGAAAGAAGUUGAGACCGAACCCAAUGAUCAAUUCCCCACUUUUUACUGUCGGGAUUUGCGCACUGGUGCCACAAUCAAACCCACCAAAUUCGCGUAUCCAAACCUACGUCUGGCCCAAACGAUGUGUUUGUAUUAUUCUGCCCGGCUUGUCUUGUCCUCGGUGGACACCCGACCGGAUCGCGUUGGCCCGGUUGAGCAAUAUGGCUUGGGAUGUGGCAUCUGCCGGAGCUUGGAAUGGUAUAUACUCACUGCGCCGGGAAACAUGAUCAAUCGUCUAGCUUUCCCUGUCCGGGUGGGGUGGGAAGCUUUCCCCGAUGGUGGUCCUGAGCGCAAGUUCAUGUACGAGGUGCUAAAGCUGGUAGAAAAACGUCAUGCGCUGGGAUUGUGGGGAAGUGCGAUGCCCGAGCUGUCCGUUCGUUCUGGCUCACCACCUAAAGCAGCCUAG